UCUAUGGAUUUAACAAUUGAAGGUUAUUGUUAGUGUUUUUGUUCUGGAUCCUGGCUGGAUAAUGCGAAUAUUUUAACAAAACAAGCCUUUUCCAACGAAUUUGCUACAUUUUUGAGGAAACAGACGUCCUAAUUGUGAUGGAAAAUGAAUUUGAGCAGUAUUCUGUUAAGGAAGAAAUACAGGAAAUUAAUGAUGGCUUACAAGACGAAAAGAAAUUCACAUCAGAUAGUUUGGAAAAAACGAACCAGAGUGAUGAAAAGUUCAGUUUGCAACAAACCAACACAAUCAUCGAAAGCGAAUUGAAUCAAGGUAAUUACUAUGGUGCAGAAAACGAUAAGGAGAAAUCAUCCAUAUCGAUCGAUCACUGUUACGCGAGACCUUGGAACUGGAAGGCGGAAUCCAGUUUCCUCAGACCUACCAAAACCCUUUUCAUCCCGAAGAAUACUUCUAAAAUCAAUUUUCCUGGUCAGUUGAUCCCGCCUCAAGACAAUGAAGAAUUGAUUGAUAUAGAGACGGUUGAAAAUCAGCCGACACCUAUUUAUGACGUGAAUAAAGCUAACCAACUGAUGGAAGAAUGCGAGAAACAUGUUAAAUGUUUUAAGAAUGAUGAGGGAAAUAACCACUGGGAGGACGCUAUACUAAAUAACAAUUGGACACCUACUCAAAUAAGACUGUUCAAUGGUGUUAUAAGUAUUUUGAACAAUCACCAGUUGGCAAAAUUGGCUUCUAAAGGUUUGGAUUAUGAGGCGAUCUGCAGAAGAACGGCUAUAGAUAAAUCAGUUCAACGGCUGAGACGUUUGAUGGCUACAAUAUUCUGGGAUCAAAAAUUAACGCAAUGGUUGCAUCAGUUGCUGGUCGAUAAUUUAAGUACAGAAUACUUGGGAAUUUAUCUGGAUAUUUUACAGACGCUAAAAGGGAAAUUACCUUCGUUUGUGGAUAAAAUGAUAAGUACUCAAGCCAGUCAUCGUGCUGGAGUUAUGUCGACGGAAAACCUGCAACCUAUUUUAAAAAGACCGUGGGAUCCCGUCAUGGGUAGUUUGAUGCAAGACAAACCCAAGAAAUUACCUGGAAACCCCGUUAUCGUUGUUGUUCCAUCGUCGCCAGUCGCUUCUAAUCGCUACAUGAAGUGGAUCAAUCUCUUAUCGAAUUUAGCAACAGUCGUCAACGUUCCGUUCAAUUUGGGAACCCCGGGACAGAGGUUAACGACGACGCACUGCGCCGAUCAGAUGUUCGCUUCGAUCAGAGGACAGGUCCAGGAGAUCAAGAACCAGCAUCCCAACAAGAACAUCGUGUUGGUAGGUUUCAACGCCGGGGCGGCCAUGGCGUUGCAGGUGGCCCAGGUGGAAACGGUGCUGGCCGUGAUAUGUCUGGGAUUUUCGCUGUUGACGGCCGAGGGGAAGCGGGGGGAACCCGAAGACACGCUGUUGGAGUUGCAGACGCCCGUUUUGUUCGUUAUCGGCCAAGGCUCCACAACCUCGUCUCAGGAGGACAUGGAGGAUUUGAGGGAAAGGAUGCGAGUGGAAACCGGUCUCGUGGUGGUAGGUUCGGCCGAUAACUUCUUGAGGAUAAGCAAGAAAAAAAAGAGAACCGAAGGGAUAACACAGAGCGUCGUGGAUAGAUGUAUUGUGGAUGAAAUCGGCGAGUUCAUAAGCGGCCUGAUACUGUCGCCCUUCCCGCCCCAGAUAAGACAGUCCCCGGUCCACGUGCCCGACGAGCCGACGGCGACCGCCAAAAAGGCCAAGAUCGAGAGGAAGCGGUACAAUUCGAACGCCAGCUCCCUGGACAGCGAGGAUCAGACGUCCCCGAUGCCGCCCAGGAUAGCCAGACCCGUGGGAAGACCGCCCGGUUCGAAGAGCAAGUCGAAGCUGGAGGUCAAGUGGGCCGCGCAGGUCGCUCAAGGUACUGAACCUCCGACGCCCGCGAACAACAAUACGACCACCCCCGUAAACGUCCCUACCAGUCCUUCCCCCAGUAGCACUCCCCCACACACGCCCCUCACCUUAGACUCCUCGUCCAGCGAUAGUUUUCUCGACAAACAACAACAACAGACCGUCGAUAGGUCGUCGGUCUCUAACCUUCCAACCGCAAAGAUCAAAACGCUCCUUCCUAACGUCCAUCCUCCCGAUCCACCCCGACAGUUCGUCAGGAAGGUCAGAACUUUGAAACCGGUCGCCGCGACCGGUUCUUCUUCUUCUUCCUCGUCUUCUUCUUCUACCGGCAACAUCGUCACGAUUUCGACCAGUAGGGGCUCUUCGAUCAAGGCGCAACAUCACACGCCCGUCUCAGCCAAAAUGCAAGCGUACGGUAUGGCCAGACACAAUAUCGUAUCCGGAUCGAGGCUUUCCACCUUGCUGAGGGGCGGCAUAAAAACCAUACCGCCGACACAACCAAAGACGUCUUCACCUGCCAUCAAAAGUCCCCCCAAUUACUCAGUAUUGGAGAAUGUGACUUUCGCCCCAGGAGCCUCCAAGAUCAUGUCGAAUGCCAUCGGCAAGACGGUCACCGUCUUGAACUCCAGCGGCGGCGUCAAGCACUCUGGGGCUAACGUAAUCCUGAUGCCCGACGGAAAGAUCAAGACCAUCACCUCGGGAAACAUAAUCAAAGGUACCAGUUACAUAACGUCGAAAAAACAACUACUCGGGAAUAAACCCCCAAAACCGGUGAGGAGAUUCACCCCCUUCAAACAGUCCGCGUCUACCUCAUCGAGCAGUCUACCGCCGCCCACCAACCUGACGACCCAAGACAUCAUGGACCUUCCCAUCAUUUUCGCGGACGAUAACCAGGUGUUGGAAGGUCCUUUACAGGAGAUAUCCCCACCGCCCCCGCCGCCCCCGGUUCAACAAACCCCUCCGACCAUCGCGCCGCCCCCCAAGAUCAUAUCGUCCGGCAGUAAGUUCGUCCUGGUGAACAAACCGAUGAGCGCGAACCAGUCCAACACGCACUUCGUGAUCUCGCAGAACUCCUCCAAGAAACCCACCACGAUCUACCGACAGACGCCCAAGUAUACCAAGAUAAUCCUGUCGAAACGGGCCCCGACCGAUGAGAUGAAAUCGUCGAACAUCAUAACGCGGAUAGCGAAUCUGUCGCCGGAGAUAUCGGUGAAGAAGGUUAGUAGUAGCCCUAUGGCGUCAUCGAGUUCUAUGGGCAACAUUGACAACAUCGACCUUGAAAACGAACUGGUGGCGACGUCUAUACCGAAACCGAUGUUCAUGUCGUCUUUUUCUCACGUCGUGAACAAACAAGGUGAGGGGUAUAUAAGGACGAUUGAGAAGAUAAGGGAGGGUAACAUGAGGAGGACCUUCCCAACGAUCACCAACGAUGAUGAUGAUGAUUCUGAUCCGGAUUACGUACCGCCAAAGAUGGUCAAGUUGAACUGAGAAAUAAAAUAUUUAAUUUAAUGAUAUUUGUUAUAUUGUGAAGAAAAAUGUAGAUAAGGAAAUAAAAUUUUUGUAUCGUUGAAAAAUAAAUGAUAUUGUUGGAA